AUGUCUGGUGCGAAAGUACCAGAGUGCACUGAGCAGGUCAAAGUACCAGAGUGCACUGAGCAGGUCAAAGUACCAGAGUGCACUGAGCAGGUCAAAGUACCAGAGUGCACUGAGCAGGUCAAAGUACCAGAGUGCACUGAGCAGGUCAAAGUACCAGAGUGCACUGACCAGGUCAAAGUACCAGAGUGCACUGACCAGGUCAAAGUGCCAGAGUGCACUGACCAGGUCAAAGGAGCAACGGAGACAAGGGCGAAUCUCACAUUGAGUGAAGUGGUGUGUGAAGCAUUGAGUGAAGCGGUGUGUGAAGCGGUUAGUGAAGUGGUGUGUGAAGCAGUGAGUGAAGUGGUGUGUGAAGCAUUGAGUGAAGUGAAGUGUGAAGCAGUGAGUGAAGUGGUGUGUGAAACAGUGAGUGAAGUGGUGUGUGAAGCAUUGAGUGAAGCGGUGAGUGAAGCGGUGUGUGAAGCGGUUAGUGAAGUGGUGUGUGAAGCAGUAAGUGAAGUGGUGUGUGAAGCAUUGACUGAAGUGGUUUGUGAAGCAGUGAGUGAAGUGGUGUGUGAAGCAGUGAGUGAAGUGGUGUGUGAAGCAUUGAGUGAAGCGGUGAGUGAAGCGGUGUGUGAAGCGGUUAGUGAAGUGGUGUGUGAAGCAGUGAGUGAAGUGGUGUGUGAAGCAUUGACUGAAGUGGUUUGUGAAGCCGUGAGUGAAGUGGUGUGUGAAGCAGUGAGUGAAGCAGUGAGUGAAGUGGUGUGUGAAGCAGUGAGUGAAGCAGUUAGUGAAGUGGUGUGUGAAGCAGUGAGUGAAGUGGUGUGUGAAGCAGUGAGUGAAGUGGUGUGUGAAGCAGUGAGUGAAGUGGUGUGUGAAACAGUGAGUGAAGUGGUGUUUGAAGCAGUGAGUGAAGUGGUGUGUGAAGCAGUGAGUGAAGUGGUGUGUGAAGCAGUGAGUGAAGUGGUGUGUGAAGCAGUGAGUGAAGUGGCGUGUGAAGCAGUGAGUGAAGUGGUGUGUGAAGCAGUGAUUGAAGUGGCGUGUGAAGCAGUGAGUGAAGUGGUGUGUAAAAUUUUGUAA